AUGUCUUUCCCUCCAUUAAAACUUUUAAAAGCAAUCAAGAAAACUCUUGAUUUCCUCAACCAAACCCUAACCCUAACCCAAGCCACUCAAAUCCACUCCCACCUCAUCGUGACAGGCACGAUCUCCGACCCUUUUGCCGCCGGAAAACUCAUCACAAUCCUCGCAAACUCCACCCACAAGCUCGCCCUCCCUUAUGCUCACCUCAUCUUCAAUCACCUGCCGUUUCCUCCUUCAACCUUCAUCUUCAAUGCCAUUAUCAAAUCCCACACCGAACGAAACGAACCCAUUAAUGCCUUUUCCUUUUAUAGACAUGUUCUAAGCUCUACCAAUUCAAGACCCAACAAUUACACCUUCUCAUUUUUACUGACUUCUUGCAUCAAAAUCCCAUUUUUGUUUUGGGGUAAAAUGCUUCAUUCGCAAAUUAUUAAACUGGGAUGGGAGUCUUAUGAUUUUGUACUAAAUGGUCUGAUUCAUUUGUAUGCUACUUGUAGUUCCAUCGAUUGUGCUAGGAAGUUGUUUGAUCAGAGCAUGAGUAGAGAUGUGAUUACUUGGACUGCAAUGGUUAAUGGGUAUGCUAAGUCUGGGAAGAUUGAGCUUGCAAGACAGAUGUUUGAUUUAAUGCCCGAGAGAAAUGCGGUUUCUUGGAGCACGAUGAUCACUACAUUUGCACAGGUUGGGAUGUUUCAAGAAGCAAUGGAUGUUUUUAAUGAGAUGCAGGUUGUGGGUGUUCGGCCUAAUCAUGCUGGCAUUGUUGGGGUUUUAUCGGCAUGUGGGUUUCUUGGAGCUUUGGAUCAAGGGAGGUGGAUCCACGCCUAUGUGAAAAGAAAUGGGUUUGAAUUGGACAGGGUCUUGGGGACUGCAUUGAUCGAUAUGUAUUCAAAAUGUGGGUGUAUUGAAAAUGCUAUGCAAGUGUUUGAGGAAAUGCUCCAAAGAGAUGUGUUUGCUUAUACGUCGAUGAUAUCAGGGUUUUCAAAUCACGGGCAAUGUGAAAGGGCGAUGGAUUUGUUUGUGAGAAUGGAAGAUGAAGGCGUUUGUCCGAAUGAGGUUACUUUUAUUUGUGUGCUUAGUGCUUGCGGACGAAUGGGUCUAGUGGAUCACGGGCGUAAAGUGUUUAAGAAAAUGAGCCAAGUUUAUGGUAUCGAGCCUGGAGUGGAGCAUUACGGAUGCUUAGUGGACCUUUUGGGUAGGGCUGGGUUGAUUAACGAAGCAAAGAAAGUGGUUAAUGAGAUGCCAAUGAACCCGGAUUCAUAUGUCUUGGGUGCAUUGCUCAAUGGGUGUAGUGAGCAUGGGGAAGUUGAAGUUGCAAAGGAGACGGUUAAGAGUUUAGCGGAGUUAGGGUUGGAUCAUAGCGGAGUACAUGUAUUGAUGGCCAAUAUGUAUGCAUCGGCUUAUAAUUGGGAGGAUGUGAUGAAAGUGAGGAAAGUGAUGGAGGAGAAAAAAGUGAAGAAGGUGCCAGGGUGUAGUUUAGUUGAGGUUGAUGGUGUGGCUUGGGAAUUUGUGGCUGGCGAUAGAUCUCAUGAGCAGAUGGAGGAGAUUGAGCUGGCUGUGAGAGUGAUGGAUGAGCAAUUGAAGUCCUUGGGGAAUGAUGUUUUGUUCAAUCUCAUCUGAAUACAAUUUUGGUUUAAAAU